UAAUUAAGAGAUGCACAAAAUUCACAGUCCCUAAACUCAUAAAAUCAUAAAAUCUCAACGGCACUCUCUCUUAUCUCUCAGAUUCUACAAUCCUGAUUCCAAUUUUCUCAUCGGAAGUGAGUGAUCUCGCUGUUUCUCCCUGGUGAAUCGUCACCGGAAUAGCAGAUCCGACAACGACAUUUUUUUGGAGUUACAAAUCGAAUCAGUGGAUCCAGAAAUCUCCCAUUUCUGGAGAUUUGAUUCAGUGAAAGGAAGCAUAUUGUGUUCUUGGUGAAAUUUUGAUUUAAAAGAUCUGAUUUUUGGGAUCUGUUUCAACCCAGCUGAAGAAAUUGGGUUCAAAUGGCGAGGAAAGGAUCGAGUAUGAGAUUAUCAAGCUCGAGAAUAUCUUCGCUUUUGCUCUCCAUGUUUGCAACUUUUGCUUCUUUCUAUGUAGCUGGCCGUUUAUGGCAAGAAUCUCAAACUAGGGUUCAUCUAAUCAAGGAGCUUGAUAGGGUAACUGGACAGGGAAAAUCUGCUAUAUCAGUGGAUGAUACUUUGAAGAUCAUAGCUUGCAGGGAACAGAAGAAGACACUAGCAGCUCUUGAGAUUGAACUAAGUGCAGCUAGGCAAGAAGGCUUUGUUUCAAAAAGUCCCAAACUUACUGAUGGAACUGAAACCAAGAAAAGACCAUUAGUGGUUAUCGGUAUAAUGACAAGUUUGGGUAACAAGAAGAAGAGGGAUGCAGUCCGUCAAGCAUGGAUGGGGACGGGUGCAUCACUAAAAAAACUUGAAAGUGAAAAGGGUGUGAUUGCACGAUUUGUUAUUGGAAGAAGUGCAAAUAAAGGGGACAGCAUGGACACGAGCAUUGAUACUGAGAAUAGUCAAACUGAUGACUUCAUUAUUCUCGAUAAUGUGGUUGAGGCACCUGAGGAAGCUUCUAAGAAGGUAAAACUGUUCUUUGCCUAUGCAGCAGAUAAGUGGGAUGCACAGUUUUAUGCAAAGGCCAUCGACAAUAUAUAUGUAAAUAUAGAUGCUCUCGGAAGUACACUUGCAGCACAUCUGGAAAACCCACGGGCUUACAUCGGUUGCAUGAAGUCAGGCGAAGUUUUCUCAGAACCGAACCACAAAUGGUAUGAACCAGAAUGGUGGAAAUUUGGUGACAAGAAAGCAUACUUCCGGCAUGCUUAUGGGGAGAUGUAUGUAAUAACGCAUGCAUUGGCUAGAUUUGUAUCAAUCAAUAGAGACAUUCUUCAUUCGUAUGCUCACGAUGAUGUCAGCACGGGUUCAUGGUUUGUGGGUCUUGAUGUUAAGCAUGUAGAUGAAGGGAAGUUCUGCUGUUCGGCAUGGUCCUCAGCCAUAUGCGCAGGAGUGUAGUAGAACCAAAGACAAAUCCAAGUGUGAGGCUGAUGCUUAUAGAGAAAGAAAACACAAAUGAUAUUUGUACGAAAAUGGCUAAUUACACAAUUUUCUCUCUGUAUUCUAAACUUUCCAUUUUAUUGGUCAUUGCAUUAUACAAAGUCUAGGUUUUGGA